UAGCUGCCAGGCUCCACUCUCUGUUACACUGCAGAUGCUUCUUCCCACACCUGAGCUGGCACCUUGGCCACCUCCUCCCAGUCUGGGGUGCCAUUUUCUAGGAAGCAGCAGGGGUGAGACCCGAGCCGACAGGAAAGGGAUUUCUAACAGGAGAUGAGCAAUAGGUACUAGGUAAAGCAGGGGAUGAACAUGGGGUAAUUAACAAGGACUGAACAAGGGGGAAUUAACCAGGGGUGAACAAUGGGUAAUUAACAGUCACUUAACAAUUGGCCAUUAAGUAACACUUUGUAACUUUUGAGAAGUAAGCAGUUUCUUAUUCAUAACAGUCCCCCCUCUUUUUUCUUUGAUCAGGCUUGAAUUACAAGCCUGCAUCAAUUUGCAGUUUCUGGUUCCUCAGCAUGAAUUUUUCUUAAUUUCUGGAAUUGGUCGUAGAUUUCUCCUGCAUUCUUGUGUUCUUGGUUGUUUAGGUUCAUUAUCUUUUCUGGUUUCUGUAAUGCAGUCUCUAUGUUGGUCAGCACAGCAGAGGUCACUAUCUUAAUUAAACAGGGAAGUAGGCAAGGUAGGAAGAUUAAACCAGCAAUGAUGCAUACGGUGAAGAAGGCUGCCUUCUUCCACCAGUUCCCCUUAAAAGACCAUAGAUUAUCCCACCAGUUGGAAUUGAGUAAGGGAGUCCAUUCCUGAUUUCCUACAUAUGCAAAUUUUCUUAUUUCAUUUGAGAUGUUUCUAAUAACUUUGCUUCUGUCAUCGAUCUCCAAGCAGCAUUCUGACGAGUUAAAUUUGCCACAGAUCCCGCCCUCAUCAGCAAAUCCCACUCCCCCAGUCUUCAAGAGAUGCGCAAACGGGCAGAAGAAACCAGGCGAGGCCCUUCUCAGCAUCCUGGUUUUCAGUUUGGACGGGCCACGGAGGAUCCACAUCAAAUCAGAUCACGCGGGGGCGGUGCUGGUUGUCCCCUGCGGCCAUCGCUUCAUUUCCCCAUGGCAGCCCCCAUCCCAGCCCGUUCCUUCUCAAGUCCUCCAUCUCUCUUCGGGGACGCUGGCGGGGCACAGGGCUCGGUGCCCUGUCCCCAUCGGCGAGUCUUCGGCGCCGGCCACCUCCAGGAGCCGCGUCCUCCUGCGCCUCCUGCUGCUGCCGCUGCCGCCAGCGCAGCACGAAGGGAUGGAGGCGGCGGGGGCGACGCGGGGCCACCCCGGCACGGUUGUCCAGCCCCUGCAGCAGGCGGAUGGCCCCGAUGGGCCCUUGGCAGAUCGGGCAGGUGGCAGCGGCGUCGGGGGCAGCCUGGGGCUGGAUGCAGGCGUGGCAGAACACGUGUCCGCAGGGCUCCACGGCAGCAGCGGGGCUCUGCAGGAAAUCCACGCAGAUGCGGCAGACCCUGACGGCUCGUGGCGCUGAUGGCUCUCGCCUGACCUCCGCCAUUGGUGCUCCCGGGCUUGGCUCCUCUCAGCUGCUGGCAGGACUCGAAGGCUUGUCUUUCACUGCCAGCACUCAGAGGUUCCUCAGCGUCCCGUGGGACUCAGAGGCUCCUCUGUCACUGGCAGCACUCAGGUUCCUCGGUCACUGACAGCACUCAGAGGCUCCUCAGUCACUGGUAGCACAGAGGCUCCUCAGACACUGGCAGCACUCGGAAGCUCCUCGGCUGCUCGUGGGUCACAGCCUGAGUGCUCUGGCUCUGCUCCACGCUGGUGGUUAAAGUUCCGCAAGUGGUGUCAUAGUGAUCAGGAGUGGUGACAUCACAGAGCUCUGAGGGACACACCCAGGAGCUCCCCCAUCCACAGAGACAGGUGCUGUGGCACAAAGCCCACCUGGCAGUGGCCUGCACACCUCCGUGCUUGCCCAGCUCCCUUCCAGGCGGUCCCUGCUGGGCUGGGGCUGUGCCAGUCACACCCACCAGGACCUGCAGAGGACCUGCUCUGCAGAGCUGCUUUCCAUGCCGUGUCCUGGGGCUGCAGCUCCCCAGGGGCAGGACUGCUCAGCCCUCGGUUGAACUUCGGCAGGUUCCAUCAGCCCAUUUCUCCAGCUUGUUGAGGUCCUUUUGGGUCCUCUGGUGUCUCAGCAGCUUCUCCCACUGUAGGAAAUGCAGCAAACUUGCUGAGGGUGCCCUGGGCCCCAUUGAUCAGGCCACUCUCAAGAAGGAAGAGGACCGGUCCCAGUACGGACGCCUGGGCUACACUGCUGAUGAUCAGCCUCUAUCUCAGCUUCAUGCUGCUGAUCAACAUCCUCUCCUUAAAAACCAGUAUCAACAGUUAAAAUCACUUCCUCACAGGGCAGAGCUUAUUUGCAACGUUCUGCUUCCCCCAAGCCUCCUGCUUUCUCCAAACUCAUGAGAAAUGUCUGGGUGGUCAUUUAUCAGCCCCAGUGAGCAUUUUCCCCUUCUAAUACAGCAGCUCUGGAAAACAGCGUA